AUGACGUUCUACCCCGGCCAAACAUGGACUACCCUGGGCCAAACCCAGACUACCCUGGGCCAAACCCAGACUUCCCUGGGCCAAACCCCGGACUACCCUGGGCCAAACCCCUACCCUGGGCCAAACCCAGACUACCCUGGGCCAAACCCAGACUUCCCUGGGCCAAACCCCGACUACCCUGGGCCAAACCCAGACUACCCUGGGCCAAACCCAGACUUCCCUGGGCCAAACCCCGGACUACCCUGGGCCAAACCCCGGACUACCCUGGGCCAAACCCAGACUACCCUGGGCCAAACCCCGGACUACCCUGGGCUAAACCCCGGACUACCCUGGGCCAAACCCAGACUACCCUGGGCCAAACCCCGGACUACCCUGGGCCAAACCCAGACUACCCUGGGCCAAACCCAGACUUCCCUGGGCCAAACCCCGGACUACCCUGGGCUAAACCCCGGACUACCCUGGGCCAAAACCAGACUACGCUGGGCCAAACCCAGACUACCCUGGGCCAAACCCAGACUGCCCUGGGCCAAACUCGGACUACCCUGGGCCAAACCCAGACUUCCCUGGGCCAAAACCAGACUACCCUGGGCCAAACCCAGACUACCCUGGGCCAAACUCGACUACCCUGGGCCAAACCCAGACUACCCUGGGCCAAACCCAGACUUCCCUGGGCAAAAACCCAGAAGUUUCUCAUCAGUGUACAGUAUGUUAUAA